UCACUCUCGAAACCUCAACCAGUGCAGAGACCACGACUGAAACAGUGACUACAACAUCAACUCCAGAACCAACAAGUUCAACAGCACAAACAACUGCAAGCAGCUCCGCUUCAAUAUCAGCAGUGGAAUCGACAACAGCUUCAACAACACAGGGCUCUACUUCAACUGCAGAAACAUCAACUGCAAGUACAGUGACCACUACUGGAGUACCAAGUUCUACGUCAAUUGCUGCAUCCACCAGUACAGCUGAAUCAACAACUACAAGCAGUUCCACUACAACCCCUGCAGCUGAAUCCACGACAACCGAAACAACACAAGCGGCUACAACAACUGAAACAUCAACUGCAAGUACAGAGACAACCACUGCACUGGCAACAUCGUCAGCAACUCUUGCAUCAACUACCACAUCUGGUGCAACAAGCACCGUGACUUCCACUCCAGCAUCGACAAGCAUCUCAACAUCACCGCUCACGACCAGUG